AUGGAUCAAGGCGAGCUUUUCAGAACGCGAAGCACCAUGUCGUGGUCACCCCUUAAUGACGGCGGUAGAUGGGGGAGUGGAGAUUCCUGUUCUUCAUCUUCUAAUCGACAAGCUUCAGGUAUAGAGUUCAAAGACAAUGACUGGGACGACCAAGGCGAUUUCAUAUCAUCUCUCCAUAAUUACCAAUUUCCAGUUCCAACAAAUGCAGUUAAGGAGAAACCGGCCACAAAGAAACCCAAAUUACUUAGCUUGAGAGAAGAAGUCAAAGCCAAAGAAGAGAAGAUUCUCAUUGAUACAGAGGCCUUCGAGCACACAAAAUCGGAACUGAAUAAAGCGGGCGCUCAAUUGGUGGAGGAGAAGGCGUUGUUGAUAGCUGCAAAAAGUGCGCACGAUACACUUGUUGAAGAAAUUCGGUCGCAGAAUAAAUAUCUCGAAGCAAUUCGGCAAGCCAAACAUUAUCAGCAGCGACAACGGACAUGGGAGCAAAGUUUGGUCAGAGAAAAUAGGAGGUUAAAGGAGGAAGUUGGGUCUCUCAGGCAACUCGCAAAGGACCAUUGUGAUUACUUUAAAAGCGAGGUUGAAAAGCUGAAAGAAGAUCACAAAUUAAAGAACGACGCCCUGGAGUAUUUGAAAGUCAAGGAACACGUUGCUGCUGCUGUGAAGGAGGCCGUGGAUAAAGCAUUGAGCAGUCAGAGCACAGAGUUCGACAUUGUUGGUCUAGAAAUGCGAACUACUUUCCUUGAAAGUCAUCGGUCGCGCAUUGGUGUCUCUUUCGAUGAGACGGACUUUGAAGAAGUUGCUGCAUGGCUGAAAAACGCUCGAAAAAUGUUCAAGACGACUGUCGAUUUGAAUCUUGCCCUUGAUGAGAUCGAAAGAACGCAUAAUAGUGAUAGUACUCAAACCUACGACAGAGCGACAAGGCGGCGUGAAUCGGAUCGCAUGAUACUCAAGGAAAUACUGAAGAAGAAAGAGUUCUGUGCCACAUUACGCGCGCUUCCACAACAAGCUGGCUUUGCAAUCCGAAGUCGUCAUUUAGAAUGGCCGAAGAGUCCGCAAGGAAGGGAUAUGACUAUCAUUGAGAAGGGAGGCGAGGUCGCACAUUAUGCUGACGCUCUACUCGACGCUGUAAUCUAUGAUUGCUUCAAGCCAUUGAUCAAAGUGAUUAACUGGUUCGCUCACAUCAAACAAUGGCGCACCAAUCGAGGUUAUCUCAAGACGGAUUUCGUUACAGAGGGUGGGAAACUUGGCAUAUAUCCGUUCACAAAUUACAAGGCUGAUUGGCUGAAAUUACCUGAGUGGGACUCUAUCUUCCGGGAACUAGAAAGCCUGUACCCAAAGGAGGAAAAUAUGAACAAGAUAAAAUCUCAACGAGUCGAUCAACCUACUUUCUUAGAAGUCGACCAAAUUCGACUUGGUGAAGAGGAUUCUUCAAGCAAGGAAACUCAUUCAGCGGAGUCUCCCAUCAUGAAAAAGAGUCCAACAGAAGAAAGCUCGAAGCCUGGUAUGAGUCGAACUCGAUAUUUUAAGAAUUUAUUUGUUACUCCUCCCCAUAGGAAUUCUGGUCUCCCUCUCCAGCCGGUUCCUCUUGAUUGGAAUAGAGUUGAAUCGGUAUCCAGCGUCAAAUUAUCGCCUGAUGAAAGUCAGAACCCGAUAGAUGAUGGUUGGGGACCGUGUACCGUAACUACCAAAGAAAGUUCGCUUGAGGAUAUGCGGGGUGCUAGUCCUGCUGCUCUUCCUGUUCUAUAUCCAAAUCCAAUGCGUGAAGACUGGAACAGGACAAUUAGAGGUUGGAGAGGUAGGACGGCUAGAGGAGGGAGGACAACUAGAGGUAGGGUAUCUAGAGGAGGCAGAGGAACUAGAACCAGCGUAUGUAGAAAUGAUCUACCUUAA